UGGAAAUGGGCAAUAAACAUAAUGAUCUCCCGAGAGAAGAUGGGAAAGGGCUGCAAGGUUGUGGUUUGUGGCUUGUUAUCUGUGGGAAAAACAGCUAUUUUGGAGCAGCUCCUUUAUGGGAAUCAUACUAUUGGAAUGGAAGAUUGUGAAACAAUGGAAGAUGUAUAUAUGGCUUCAGUGGAAACAGAUCGGGGAGUAAAGGAACAAUUACAUCUUUAUGAUACCAGGGGCUUACAGGAAGGUGUGGAGCUACCAAAGCAUUAUUUUUCAUUUGCUGAUGGCUUUGUCCUUGUGUACAGUGUGAAUAACCUUGAAUCCUUUCAAAGAGUGGAGCUUCUGAAGAAAGAAAUUGAUAAGUUUAAAGACAAAAAAGAGGUAGCAAUUGUUGUACUAGGAAACAAAAUCGACCUUUCUGAGCAGAGACAAGUAGAUGCUGAGGUGGCACAGCAGUGGGCAAGAAGUGAGAAAGUGCGACUGUGGGAGAGCCUGCGGGUAUGCUGCCUACCUAGGUCACAGAAUUCACUGUUAAUGGAGCCUCAACAGAUGAGGAACCAAAGCCCCAAGGAGAAGCUAGACCAUCUAACAUCUAAAACUCAGUAAUGGCAGCACUCCAGACUGUUUUCCUCACAGUCAGCUUGGUGAUACUAAGAGACAGACCCAGAAAAAACUAACAGUAGAGUCGGUUUAAGAGUCUCGUUGACAUGGGCUCAGUUCUGCUGACCCCUUAGUACAGAAAAAAGAUAAAAGAACAAAGGUUUAACAAUAUACCAUUAUAAGCAGCUUUUAUGGAUUGUACAGAAAUGUAGUGAUUUCCAAAUUUCACAGUUCAUCAACAUAACCUAUGGAACUUUCAAGUUUCAAGAUUCCUGGCCCCCUCAUCCCAGGCCUACUGACUUUAAAAUAUCCAGAAGGGGCUCAAGAAUCUUUGGUGAUCUUUGAACAGGUAUUGGUUGCACUGGGGAACCACUGGUUCUGGUGACUGGAAGGAAGAGAACCAGUUUAGAACAUAGCUUAUCACCUGUGAUACAACUGUAAAUGCAAAUCAAGAUGGCUACUUGUUUGUAUCCAGUAUUCACUUUGGGUGUAAACUUCUCUGCAAGUUCAGAAAAAAAGUAUAGAGAAGGGGCAUUAAGGAAUCAAGUAUACAACAUAAACAUAACCGUAACAACAAAAAACCCAUACCACACUUCUGUUAAGCAUUAAAAUAGAAUACAUUGGGUUAUAAUAAAAAUAAUACAAAGUGAAAUAGUAUCAAAUUAGUUGAGAUCCUAAAGCAUGCAACAGGAGCCCUAAAGAAGACUAAACAGCGUGGAUCCCUAACCUGUCAAUCAGGAGACCUGGUAGUUACAGUGAAGGAUCUGAGAAUCCAUUGGAAGAAACAAGCAUUACUGCCUAAAUAAAAACUUUACUUACUUGAAAGCUGUUACUGGAGGAAUUUAUGUAACCUUUUGUCAUAUGCAUUUUAUUAACCAUAAAAUGAAAUCUUAAGGGGCCUGCAAA